AUGCCUAUACGUGCCAGUAUUGGUAUAGCGGUAGCUCUUGCCGCUGUUCUGCUGGCUGCUUUUUGUUUUAAUGAUAUUCUUUUGCGUCUUAUUGUUUAUUUAUAUUUCGGUAUUAUUGGUGCUGCUGUUGUUGCUUCUAUUUUGCUAUUUUAUGCUGUUAUUAUACAUCCACUAUUCGCGGCCUUACAUGAUCGUGUUACCAAUGUUCAUGACAUUAUUGUAUGA